GAGCUGAAUAGGUACAGUAGUCAUUGUAAUUUCGAUUUCUAUAAUUUGCUUUUUAAUUGCAUCAGUUCUUGUCCUCAUAAAUGCAAUUUUUAGGGCUGAUCUGACUCGAGCCACUGCACUAUCAUUGUUGGAGCUGCUUGUAGCGGCGCCAUCGCCUUUGUUGCCUGUUCAUUCGCCCUUGCGGCGAGCAGCUAUAGACCUCUUAGGACGUGGUUUUGUAUACUGGGAACCACAUUUAGAGAUAUCCAAAGUUGUUCUGGGACUGCUCGAUCUGGCCGCAAACACGGAGAAACAACCACCGCCACCAAUCAUUGGCGCCCCUUUGUCUCCUAUAGCUGAUGCUUGCCGAACAGCACGUCAUGCUUUGACGUUGAUCGCUACAGCCAGGCCCACAGCUUUGUUUAAAAAGCAGCUGAACGUAUUGGUUGCAAGGUAUAACUCAGCUGCACAGCAUCAGACUAUCCAGCAUACGGUUGUAAGUCCGUUAUUGAAGUCGCGAUCUGAGGUCUUGCGAAUCAUAGAGGAGCUAUCAGAAAAACGAUAUGGAGAAGUGGUGGAGAUGAUGUUGCCUGUAGGAGACAUUCUUGUCCAUUGUUUGGAUACUUCUUUACUGAAACAGAAAACUCUUUCCGAUGUGUUCCCUCCAAUGACCAAGUUCUAUAUGGUGGCCUAUUGCGCGGCGACACGACGCAUAGCUUUUGGUGGAAAGAAUGGUACAUGCAGCUUGCAAGCCCAUCAAGGUCCCGUCACAGCAGUUGCCUUCUCAGAAGAUGGCAAAUAUCUGGCGACAUAUGGCGGACAAGAUGCCAAAAUAAACUUUUGGCAGACUAGUCAGACAUUUUUGGUGGGUACUCAUAUUUUUGACUUUCUUCUGCCUUUGAAGGGUAUGGGUCAGAGUCAGAUGAAA